AUGAGCGCGUUUCGAGAGCUUGGAUCUGUCGAAGAUACAGCAAUGGAUGCCGCUAAUGCCAAGCUUAGUGCUGUUCAGCGCGGAUACUAUAAGGAUAGGUUCAUUGCUUGCUUUGUUACUCAUGAACAAAAGCAAUUACCACCAAUGAAUCUUGGAUACUAUGUUAGAACUCAAGCAAUAUAUGUUGCAGUUAAGAAAUUCUACGAAUUGCAUGGAAAGGAUAUGCAAGUUGUUGUUUUAGGAUGUGGUUACGAUACUUUAUUCUGGCGCCUUAGAGAUGAACACAUUACAGUUAAAAAUUGGUUUGAUUUAGAUAUGCCUCAUAUUGUUAAUAAGAAAUCUUCCGUUCUUAAGUCAGAAGCUUUCCAUCCACUCGAUAAUUACUAUCUUUUCGUUGCAGAUCUUUCGAAACCAGAAGAAGUUAAGAAGGAGCUCACUGCACACGGAUUUGAAGACUUACCAACAAUUUUCAUCGAUGAAUGCACAUUAAUUUACGUAGAUCCAAAUGCUGUUGACGAAAUCCUCAAAUUUGCUGCUUCACUAAAGUCUAAUGCUUUUAUUAGCUACGGUAUGGUCAAACCUGAUGAUGCUUUCGGUAAAAUGAUGAUCAAGAACUUUGAUUCGUUCAACGCGCCACUUAAAGGAAUCAGAGCUUAUCCAACAGUACAAUCGCAUAAGGACAGAUGCACAAAUGCUGGAUUCAAGUUCGCAAAGUCAAUUGAUUUGAACCAGACAAUGCGUGCAGUAAUUCCAAGAGAUCAGUUCAUGAAGAUCAUGAGACUCGAGAUGCAAGAUGAUCCAGAUGAACUUUCCUUCAUGCUUAUGCAUUAUGUUCUUGCAGUUGCAGGAUCCGAAAAUGAAUUUGUUUCAAUCAUCUAA